AUUCUUAUAAAAGGGGAACCAAUCCCACCUUUUGAUUUUUUAAUUGAUAAAUGAAAAAAUUGAAAAACGAACCAUAAAUGACAUUAGUCUCCCAUCUGGAAAUAUUUUAUUCUAUUUUAGAAAAAUACUUAUUUAUGUAACAAUUGAAUUUAUUAAGCUUGAACACAGCCAAUUAUAUCCAAAAUUAUCAUUAUCAACGAAAAAAGAGGGAAAAAUGUCCAGCGCUUUGCCACUCUCCUCCCCGAGCUUCAGAUUUGACUCCCGGCAAAAGUCAACUCAUCCGAGAUUUCAGCGGUUGCAAGUCUUCUGCAAACCCUUGAAAUCCCAUUCCCAAGAAGCAGAACUUGAAGCAAACUCCCAAAAUAUUGAUGAGGAAGGUAAUGGGCACCAGGUUUUGGUGGAGAAAUACGGCAAUGGCACUUCCAAGAGGUACAUUGUAGAAAAUGAUUCAGUCAUUAGGACAAUUCUCAAGGAGCAUUUGCCUGGAACCAAUGUAUCAGAAGAUUCAAAUACCCCAGAAUCUCAUGAUGAAUUGUUUUGGCUUCCUAAAAUUAUUAAAGAUUUUGUCCUACCUUCAGGAUUCCCAGAAUCAGUUUCUGAUGAUUACUUGGAUUACAUAUUGCUACAGUUCCCCACCAACGUCACUGGGUGGAUCUGUCAUACAUUGGUCACUUCCAGUCUCUUAAAGGCUGUUGGAGUAGGCUCAUUCUCAGGAACUACUGCUGCAGCUUCUGCUGCUGCCAUUAGUUGGGUGUCAAAGGAUGGCAUUGGUGCUAUUGGACGCUUAUUCAUUGGUGGAAGAUUUGGCGAUCUUUUCGAUGAUGACCCUAGGCAAUGGCGCUUGUACGCAGAUUUCAUUGGGAGUGCAGGAAGCAUUUUUGAUCUAAGUACCCAAUUAUAUCCUUCCUAUUUCCUGCCAUUGGCGUCACUUGGUAAUCUUGCCAAGGCGGUGGGGAGGGGUCUGAGAGAUCCUUCAUUCCGGGUUAUACAGAACCAUUUUGCAAUCUCUGGAAAUCUGGGAGAGGUAGCAGCAAAGGAGGAGGUUUGGGAAGUAGCUGCCGAGCUGAUUGGCCUUGCUCUGGGAAUACUAGCCCUGGAUACACCUGGUAUUUCAUUGUCAUAUCCUGUGUUGGGAUCAACAUGGUUGAGCGUGCGACUUCUACACAUUUGGCUCCGCUACAAGUCCCUCUCAGUUUUGCGGUUCAAUACGAUAAAUCUCAAGCGAGCUCGUAUACUGCUGAACUCACAUAUUUUGUAUGCUAAAGUUCCAGGAAUUGACGAUUGCAACCAGAUGGAAAAUAUAUUAAUAUGGGAAAGAUUUUGUCGACCAAGAAUCAUUUUUGGGGUGUCCUUGGAAGAGAUGGUUAUUGGCAAGAGACGUGGCUCUACGGCGAGGAUGCUUCUCAAAUUAUACGUGGAAGAGAAAUAUUUUCUUGUGGUGAAUCAACUGCAAACAAAAUUUGAGGUCUUCGUAUCCUUCAAGGAGGGAGCUACAAGUCUAUCAGUUCUGCGAAGCAUGUGGCAAACCUACUGGCUCGACCAAAACUGGAGUAGGUCAGAUGACUUGUUUGAGCAACUUGAACGAAGCUUGAUUGAAUUAAAGGCUGGGUUUGACAACUUCUUGCAACAACUGGAAGAGGCCGGAUGGGACACAAACCAAAUAAAUCUUAAGGUGCCCAAGGAAAUUUCAAUCGAAGAAACAUCUAACAGUCUAAACGGUGACUUGUAAUGCAGAAACUGUUUUCUUAUGCACACGGUCGAAUGUACUUUUUGGAAUUCAAAUUUCUCCAAGGUGAUUAGAGGCAGCAUCUCCUUUGCGAGUUGAUCUCGGAAUGAGCUGGAUACAAUUUGCUAUCUAUCUCCUCUCCACCUUUCUUUCAAGCUUCAUCGAGCUGCAAAUGAAUUGUAAUAUUAAAUAGCAUUUGCAGAAAAUAUGUUAGGUGAAUUUAUCAGCAAUUUUAUGGUCAGCUGGAACUACAAGUCUCUCAAUUGUAUGUACUUGACUAUCGCUGUUAAGCAUGCAUGAAGUGAACUGAACUUCAUUGUGUUGGGAAUUUACAUAUCAGGCACAACGGAAAUAAAAAUAGAUUUCAAUUUCCAUCAA